GGUGCUUCAUUUGGUCUUAGAAAAGAGAUUUGCUACAAUGACCGUCCAGUGUCCUGGGGAGGUGGCUAUUCUGGGAACCUUGUUGGCCUGCGCUUUGUGAACACAUCUACAGUAAAAGCUCCCACCGAAAUGGCUGUUUCCGAGGCGUUAUGCGAGUGUGUUUUUAAAAUCUGGGAAAAAGAGAAGUGCACAGUGUGCUCACUCAAUCCGGUUUUGGUCCAAAAGCUCUUAACGGGCUCGAUGCACAUGAAAUAUGACCUUAGUAACGUCAGUGUGUUUACUAUGUUUGGUCAGCGGUACAGCUUGGAUACAGUGGCAGCACUCAUCAAAAUAUUCCCUAAAGUAGCAAUAGUAGUAUUGUAUGCGUCUUCGGAGUCGUGGUUACUUGCGAAAAUGAUAGUAAACAAAGAAACUGCUGUAGAAGAAAAGUACGCCAAACUGACCAUUGAAGAAGGUGUUGAAGUUAAAAUUGUCGACGAAGAAAGUAAGUUGGUAUCAAGAGGAACUCCUGGAGAGAUCUGUGCGCGAAAAGCUUCGGUAUUUUUGGAAUACUUGGGUAACCCUGAAGCUACCAAGCGAACCAAAUCAUCGACAGGCUGGGUUCAUAUGGGAGAUACAGGAAUCAUGUAUAAUGAUGGUAAGAUCGAGGUGAUUGGAAGAAAGACAGAAAUUAUCAAACGAGCAACCGUGAAGAUUUUUCCUGCCCACAUUGAAAAAGUUCUGUUGCAGCACCCACAAGUGUCAGAUGUUGUUGUGGUUGGAAUCCCUGAUCAGCAGUUGCACGAGGAGGUUUGUGCAUGCGUAAUUCUACGCGAGGAUACAGAAAGUGAUGGGUCGGACGAGGAAGCAAAAGUACUAGAGAUCAGGGAAUGGUGUAAGAGACAGUGGCCUCCUGGACCAGAUGGGCUGAGCAUGACACCCAGAUAUUUUCUUCCAAUGAAAAACUUCCCCGUAUUAGAAAGAGCAGGGAAGACUUUUGUGCGAGGAGUUAAGGAUUAUGCUUUAAAAAAGCUUACCGUUUAGUCCUAAAACAUCUGCUGUUACUUAGAAUCAGAGAAUCAAGGGAUAGCGGCUAUUUUGAAUCGAAAUUUUGAUGGUGAAAAUUAUCUGUUAAUCCAGUUGCAUACUUCGAAGUAAUGGACGGUGCUUAACGUUCCAAUUUCCUUGUGAGUAUAUAUCUGACUGAGUUAAAUCAUGAUAUAGAAAUGAAAGAGAAAGUUAUUGUUGAAGUUAUAGUUUAAUCAUAUAAAGUUAAGACAUAAAAAUCGAUGGUUAGUUACGUUAGUGAAUAAAAUGUGUUUCAUUCAAUGUAUGAUUAAAGGGGAAAAUCAAACAG